AUGGAACCCCAGAAUCAGCUACGCAGAGUCAGGGACAAGCCGAGAAUUUUCGUCACAUCGGAUAUCUCCAAUGAGCCCGACGAUGCGCAGUCCUUGGUUAGAUUCCUCUUGUACAGCAACGAGUUUGAUGUCCAAGGCCUCGUCGCUUGUACCUCGACCUGGAUGAGGAAAAAUGUUCAUCCCGAAGAUAUGCGACGAAUUGUCGAGGCAUACGGCCAAGUGGUGAAUAAUUUAAACGCACAUGUGCACCCAGACAACCAGUACCCCAGUGUCCAGUACCUACUAUCGCUCAUUAGAAGCGGUCCACCUGUGUACGGAAAGGAAGCUUUACAGCCAGAUGUGCCGCUGAGUGAUGGUGCUUCAUUGCUUAUUGACCGUCUAGAUGCCUCAGAACUUCCCCUCUGGGUCCUCUGUUGGGGUGGUGCAAACGUAAUUGCCCAGGCACUGGAAGAAAUUCGACGUAAAAGAUCGGAGGAUGAGGCAGCCAGACUACGUAGUAAACUCCGGAUCUAUACGAUUAGCGACCAAGACGAUACCGGCUCAUGGAUUCGCAUAGGAUUUCCUGAGAUCUUUUACAUUUGCUCUAUUCACGGUUGGAAUGAGUACGGAAUGGCCUCUUGGGUUGGUAUUUCCGGAGAUCUGCUGAUGCCGUUAGACAAAGGUGGGCCGGACACAAAGAUAGUAGGUAAAGAGUGGCUCAGAGAGCACAUUCAAAUUGGCGCCCUAGGUGAACAGUAUCCCGACAGUGCCUUUAUUAUGGAGGGGGAUACGCCAACUUUUCUCUAUCUCAUGCAGAACGGUCUGGGGUCCCCAGAACAUCCUCAUUGGGGUAGUUGGGGAGGCCGAUAUGUCUUGACCGACUUGGGAGGCUCGGCAAACCACUACUCAGAUGCGAAAGACAAAGUCCUGGGCAAGAAUGGUCAGUUAUUUACCAGCAAUCAGGCCACUAUAUGGCGUUGGAGGGAUGCAUACCAGAAUGAUUUUGCGGCGCGCAUUCAGUGGACCCUGAGCGGCGAUCUAAAAAAAGCGAAUCACGCUCCAGUUGCAAUUGUCAACGAUAGUUCAGGRGGGCCSGAGCCACUGUGGAUCGAGGCUGAGGUCGAGACCGAAAUCACACUCGAUGCUUCCAAGAGUUACGAUCCCGAUGGAGAUGAGCUGUCAUUCAAUUGGUUCCAGUAUAAAGAGCCGACAUCGGCGCAAUCACUUAUUCACUGGACGCAAGUAGCGGAUGUCGAGUUCGUCCCUGUGGAGAAGCAGGAAUCUAUUGUAAAAGUAAAACUGCCCGCUCCACAUAUUGCUGCCGUCGAUAUCUUGAACGGUGUUGCUCUGAAAAAGGGACAGACUCUUCACUUUAUCCUCGAAGUCAAGGACAACGGAACUCCAAGCAUUACGACGUAUAAGCGCGUGAUAGUUCAGUUGACAAAUCGCCAGUUGCGAGGUGCGUCGGGAAAGGCGUUUGAUACGAUUACAGAAGCAUUGGGCCAGCACACUAAAUAA